CCCACUGAGCAAGGCCAGGGAUUGAACCUACAACCUCAUGGUUCCUAGUCGGAUUUUUUUACCCUGUGCCACGAUGGGAACUCCACAAUAUUCUGAUUUGUAUAGAAAUAUGUGUUACCAUUAACCUCUAAAUUAUACUCUCCAUACAAAACCACACAAAUACACCUACUUACAAAAGACCAUCAAUUUACCUUUAUCCACUUCCCAGCCACAUUUCAGGGACUAAUCUAGAAAUUUAAUACUAAAUUCUUAUCUAUUUAGGCAUUGUUUUUGGAUUCUACCUUUGUCAUCCAAAAUAUCAGUUAUUUUUCCAGAAUACAUCAUGCUUUUUAGGUACAGGAUCAGCAGAUUUCCUAGGUUAUUUGUCAAAAUCAACAAACAUUCCAGAGCAGUAGCCCAGAGCGCCAAGGCCACUCUCAAGAGCAGAGCACCCUGGGAUGAUGAAAUUCACAUUCUUCAUUUUGAGUGAAAAUUCUGCUUUCCAGAUUGUCCACCUCCCCACUCCAUGCCUGUAAUUUUGAAAUUUUGGCUCUCCUGCCGGGUUCUGCUAUCUGGGAAAAAAAAAAACCCACAGGACUGCAUACAUUGAAUAUUAAAUGGGGUCAGGCCUGAGGGAGAAUCUAAACAAUGGUAUUACAUGUCUUUAUUGAGAAUGUAUCCUUGAGACUGCUUCUCCCUCCUGCAGAGAAGGUAGGAUUAUCACCCUCCUCAUCCCCAUUAGCUGCAGCAUUUAUUUGAUCACCAGUUGGUAAAAUAUGAUUGUGACCACAAGCUACUCUAAUAGGCAGCAUCUUUGCUCCAAAGAUGCAGUGAUUUCAAGAUGCCCCUUGUUUCUUUCUCCAUAGGAACCAGACCUCGAAGAGCUCAGGUUAGGGAUGUCCUCUUGCAACACCUCCAUCCCUCAGCCCUUGAUAUUUGUCCUGGCUGGAAUUCCUGGCCUGGACUCUUCCCAGGGCUGGUUCUCUGUGCCUUUUUUCUUGGUGUUUGUCACUGCAGUCAUUGGCAAUGCCACCAUCUUGUGCAUCGUCCGGAUGGAGAAGAGUCUUCAUGAGCCCAUGUUUCUCUUCUUGGCCGUGCUGUCGGCCGUUGACCUGUCUCUGGUCACGGUCACGGUGCCCCGCAUGCUGGGUAUCUUCUGGAUGAAUGCCAAGGAAAUCAGCUUCAGUGCCUGCCUCACACAGAUGUUUUUCAUCCCUUUAUUUUAUGUCAUGGAGUCUGGGAUCCUCCUGGCUAUGGCUUUUGACAGAUUUGUGGCUAUCUGGCACCCUCUGAGAUAUACAACCAUCCUUUCUAACAAUGUGCUUGUGAAGAUAGCCCUAGCCGUCCUAGCCAGGGCAGUGGCGGUGCUGACGCCAGCACCCAUCCUGGCAAAAAGACUGGGACAUUUCCAAACUCACGUCAUUGCUUACUCAUAUUGUGCCUACAUGGCUGUGGUGCAGAUAGCCUGCGGAGACAUCUCUGAUCACAUCGUCUACGGCCUUAUGGUUCUUGUAGCAUCUGUGGGAUUUGAUCUGUUUUUCAUCAUUCUGUCAUAUGGGCUGAUCCUUCGUGCCGUCUUCCGGAGAUCCUCUUGGGAGGCACGGGGCAAAGCCCUCAGCACAUGUGGCUCUCAUCUUUGUGUCAUUGCUCUCUUUUAUUCUCCUGUUGUCUUUUCUGUCUUGGCCCAGAUUUUAGGCUACCAUAUGGCUCCCUAUCUACAGAUUAUCAUUGACAAUCUCUACUUCUUGGUGCCUCCCAUGGUCAACCCUUUAAUUUAUGGGGCCCGGACCAAGCAAAUGCGGGAGUGGGUGCUACGGAUCUUUCGCUGUCAUAGUGAGUGAGGUUGGUACUUGAGGUGGACAGGAGAUCUGGGAUAUGAAGCGGUGAAUCAUGGUGAGUUGGAGGUAGAGAUAACUCCCGCAAGAAUGGAGGCUUUGUGGGGAAAGGAAUAACUAAGGUAAGGGAAUGGUGCAGUGUGGAUAUGUAACUGGAGUAUGUUAUUUCCAUCAAGAUGUAAUUGUUAUGAAAUUCUCAUGCUCAGAACCCUCCCCAAAUGCUUCUACAAUUAAUAAAGUGGAAGGGCAUUUUGGUGUUAAUUUUAUUGCUGAUCCAACUAAUCACGUCAUAUCAGAUAAAUUGGAAGCACAUAUUUUCAAAUGAGGUGAAAAGGAAUUUAAGCAUGUUUCUCAAGCCCUGUGGGCAAACAUGAUUAUCCAAAGAUGUUUGUUGCUUCAAUGAUUUUUCUUCCACAUUGAUGUUUCAGAUAUUUCCCCAACACAGAAUUCUAUAUCAUUGAAAAUAACCCUAAUGGGAAGAACCAUGUAUAAAUACUCAUGAUGUAUCAAUGAUUAAUGAGCUCCUUUUAUCUCAGAAGGGUUUUAAUAGAGAUGAAUCAUCUUUAAAGUGUUACAUUUGUGUCAGAAUAUGGAACCAAUAUACAGUAGUCUGGACUGGAUAGGUAAAUGUUUUACAAAUGGAACAACAGCAAAAGCAACAAAAAGGCAAAAAACCGCUAAACAACAAAAAAGGCUUUUUUGAGGAAUCUCCAUCUCCAUAGCAAUUGUGCCAGUUUACAUCCCCACCGACAGUGUAUGAGGGUUCCCUUUUCUCCACACCCUUGCCAGCUCUUGUUAUGGCUUGUAUUUUUGAUAGCCAUUCUGAUGGUGUGUGUUGAUAUCUCAUUGUGGUUUUGAUUUGCAUUUUCCAUAAAUUAGUGAUGUUGACCAUCCUCUCAUGUGCCUCUUGGCCAUCUGAACAAGAGCCAGCUAUUCUGGGUAUUUAUACAAAAGCAAUCAUUUAAAAAACAUAUGCCAGUGUUCCCCUUGUGGCUCAGUGGUAAGGAACCUAACUAGUAUCCAUGAGGACGUGGGUUUGAGCUCUGGCCCUGCUCAGUGGGUUAAG